UCAAUACUCGCAUCCAUUGUCUGAGUGAGGAAAACAGCCGUCAUUGGCGCCUUCGGCCUUUCGAUUAUAGAGAAAGAGGCAUUCCCUUUGUUGGAGUGCACAUCUGCUUAGUUUUUCUCUACUUUCCUUAGCUUUGAAGUAAACAAGAGUUUCGAGCUUUUAGCCCUCUCGACGGCAUAAAGACCGGCUACCGUUAUCAGGUGCUCAUCAUCAACAAUGACUGUUACACCAAGAAUUUCCAUCAACGAUGGGAACCUUGUGGUUCAUGGGAAGACCAUCCUCACUGGAAUGCCAGACAACAUCGUUCUGACACCGGGAUCCAGUUUCGGACUUGUUGCCGGUUCUUUCAUUGGUGCUACUGCUUCGGAUAGCAAAAGCCUUCAUGUCUUCCCUAUUGGUGUUUUAGAGGGUCUCCGAUUUGUGUGCUGUUUCCGAUUCAAACUAUGGUGGAUGACUCAGAGAAUGGGAACAUGUGGGAAAGAUGUUCCUUUGGAGACUCAAUUCAUGCUCGUAGAGAGCAAGGAAGAAGAUGAUCCUAAUGCUCCAACAAUCUACACUGUUUUCCUUCCACUCCUUGAAGGCCAGUUCCGUGCUGUUCUUCAAGGCAAUGACAAGAAUGAGCUUGAGAUAUGCCUCGAGAGUGGUGAUAACACUGUUGAAACAAACCAAGGCCUUUACCUUGUCUACAUGCAUGCUGGGACCAAUCCAUUUGAAGUUAUCAACCAGGCUGUAAAGGCUAUGGAGAAACACAUGCAAACUUUUCAUCAUCGAGAGAAGAAGAAGUUGCCUUCAUUUCUUGAUUGGUUUGGCUGGUGCACAUGGGAUGCUUUCUACACCGAUGUCACUGCAGAGGGUGUUAAGGAAGGCCUCAAAAGUCUAUCAGAGGGAGGGACUCCACCUCGAUUUUUGAUCAUAGAUGAUGGCUGGCAGCAGAUUGAAAGUAAGCCCAAGGAGCCUGAUUGUGUUGUACAAGAAGGGGCACAGUUUGCGAGUAGGUUGACUGGGAUUAAAGAGAAUGCAAAGUUCCAAAAGAAUGGCCAAAACAAUGAACAGAUCUCUGGCCUAAAACUUGUUGUAGACGAAGCCAAGCAGAAUCAUAAUGUAAAGAAUGUAUAUGUGUGGCAUGCCUUGGCUGGCUAUUGGGGCGGAGUCAAACCCGCUGCUGCUGGUAUGGAACAUUAUGAUACAGCAUUGGCAUAUCCUAUUCAGUCCCCUGGUGUGAUGGGCAACCAGCCAGACAUAGUUAUGGACAGCCUUGCUGUUCAUGGCCUUGGUUUGGUGCAUCCGAAGAAGGUUUUCAACUUCUACAAUGAGCUUCAUGCUUAUCUGGCUUCAUGUGGAGUUGAUGGAGUGAAGGUUGAUGUGCAAAACAUAAUUGAGACCCUUGGUGCCGGACACGGUGGUAGAGUAUCUCUUACCCGCAGUUAUGUACAGGCCCUUGAAGCCUCAAUCACUCGAAACUUCCCUGACAAUGGAUGCAUAGCUUGCAUGUGUCAUAACACCGAUGGAAUCUACAGUACCAAACAGACCUCUGUUGUUAGGGCAUCUGAUGACUUUUAUCCUCACGACCCUGCUUCACACACUAUCCACAUUUCAGCUGUGGCUUACAACACUCUUUUUCUCGGAGAAUUUAUGCAACCUGAUUGGGAUAUGUUCCACAGCUUACACCCAGCUGCAGACUAUCAUGCAGCUGCUCGCGCUAUUGGCGGAUGUGCUAUCUAUGUCAGCGAUAUGCCUGGAAACCACAACUUUGAGCUCUUGAAGAAAUUAGUCCUUCCUGAUGGAUCGGUUCUCCGUGCCCAACUGCCCGGCAGGCCUACUGUUGAUUGUCUGUUUGUUGAUCCGGCUAGAGAUGGGAUCAGCUUGCUCAAGAUGUGGAAUGUCAACAAGUGUUCCGGUGUGGUGGGUGUUUUCAACUGCCAAGGUGCUGGUUGGUGCAAGAUCUCCAAGAAAACCCGCAUUCACGAUGCAUCACCUGAUACCCUUACAGGUUCUGUUUGUGCCAACGAUGUUGAUUCAAUCACUCAGAUUGCUGGUGCGGACUGGAACGGGGAGACUGUGGUUUAUGCUCAUAGAUCAGGAGAGGUGGUAAGGUUACCUAAAGGCGCUUCGGUGCCGGUAACGCUCAAGGUUCUCGAGUAUGAAUUAUUCCAUUUCUGUCCGGUCAAGGAUAUUACCAACAACAUUUCAUUUGCACCAAUUGGCCUACUUGACAUGUUCAACGGCAGCGGUGCCGUGGAGCAGUAUGAAGUACAUGUGACAUCCGAUGAGAAAUCCGAGUUCUUCGAUGGUGAGGUUUCCUCGGAGUUGACAUCUUCUCUCAGUGACAACCGGAGUCCAACCGCAAUGAUCAGCCUCAAAGUCCAGGGUUGCGGGAGGUUCGGUGCUUACUCAUCUCAGCGUCCAUCGAAGUGCAGUGUGAACAAUGCCGAGACGCUCUUCGUCUACGACUUGGCCACUGGAUUGGUGACACUAACUCUGCCGGUUCCUUCGGAGGAGAUGUACAGAUGGGUCGUAGAAAUUCAAGUCCAAGUUAGUUCAGGUCAUUAGCAUCAUUGUGAAAAUGUCU